AAGCGCUCUCGUGCCGGACGUUGCGCGGCCGCGACGUCCGACGCCGGCGCGGAUGCGGGGUUCCAGACUCAGCCCUGCUCCUGGUGUCCGGUGCGGCACCGCAAGGCUCCGCCCGGCCAGAGCAGCGGUGUAAGAUAUGUGUGCUCUGGAACACCACAGACGAACGCCUUCUGCCUGCCAUUCCCCGUCUGCAGACGGCGGUCUGCCCAAGGGGUGAUUCUCCGACUCUGCGCUUAGAGACAACCCCAUGUCCCCAGUUCAUCAUGGCUACCACCUCAAGGUAGGGGUGCUGUUUGAUGACAGGCUUUCUGCAGCGUCCUCACUGCCAGGAGAUGUGCCGGCUCAAAGCUGAAGUCCAUGAAGCUGCUUGAGGUUCUGAAUGCUCUGGAGGAGGAGGAGUCUGGUUGCAGCAAGGAGGAGAUCUUCAUUGUACCUCCUGAUAAUGCUGCAGGUGACUUCACUGAUGAGGACUCAGGUGAUGAAGAUGGCCAGCGAGGGGCCCACCUUCCCGGCACUGUGCUGCAUGCCUCUGUUGUGCCUGAGGACUCCAGCACUGAGGAGGAGGAGGAUGACCUGCAGCUGCAGCCAGCCAUGAAGAGGUGGAAAGCAGGAGUGGCACCUCAGCGUGUCUGGACCAAAAGAGAUAUCCGACCAGACUUCAGCAAUUGGACAGCAUCAGAUCCUCAUAUGGAGGAUCUCAAAAGCCAAGAACUGAGUCCUGUAGGCCUCUUUGAAUUGUUUUUUGAUGAAGGAACAAUUACUUUCAUUGUUAAUGAAACCAAUCGUUACGCUUGGCAGAAAAAUGUCAACCUGGGUCUCACAGCCCAGGAAUUGAAGUGUGUUUUGGGCAUUUUGAUUUUAAGUGGGUAUAUCUCCUAUCCGAGGAGAAGGAUGUUUUGGGAAACAUCUCCUGAUUCACAUCAUCAUCUUGUGGCCGAUGCAAUUAGAAGGGACAGAUUCGAACUGAUCUUCUCAUACCUGCAUUUUGCAGAUAACAGCAAGCUGGAUGAAAGUGAUAGGUUUGCCAAGGUCAGGCCUCUCAUUGUGCGGAUGAACUGCAAUUUCCAGAAGCACGCGCCCUUGGAAGAGUUCUACAGCUUUGGCGAGUCCAUGUGUGAGUACUUUGGACACCGGGGGUCCAAGCAGCUGCCUGUGGGGAAGGCUUUGCGGCUGGGCUAUAAGAUCUGGUGUGGGACGACCAGCAGGGGAUAUUUGGUAUGGUUCGAGCCCUCGCAAGGCACACUGUUCACUAAGCCAGACAGGGGCCUGGACCUAGGAGGCAGCAUGGUGGUAAAAUUUGUGGAUGCGCUGCAGGAGCGCGGCUGUCUGCCAUACCACAUAUUUUUUGACAAGGCUUUUACAAGUGUCAAACUGAUGUCUGUUCUGAGGAAAAAGGGGGUGAAGGCCACAGGAACUGUUUGUGAGUACAGGACCGAGCGGUGUCCCCUCAAAGAUCCCAAAGAACUGAAGAAAAUGAAAAGGGGUUCAUUUGAUUACAAAGUUGACGAGAGAGAGGAGAUCAUCGUGUGCCGCUGGCAUGAUAGCAGUGUGGUCAACAUCUGCUCCAAUGCCAUAGGCAUAGAGCCGGUGGGGCUGACCAGUCAUCACUCAGGAGCAGCCAAAACACGGACCCAGGUCCAUCAGCCGUCCCUGGUGAGACUGUACCAGGAGAAGGUGGGGGGUGUUGGCCGGAUGGACCAGAACAUUGCCAAGUACAAGGUGAAGAUCCGUGGCAUGAAGUGGUACUCAAGCUUCAUUGGCUACGUCAUUGACGCUGCCCUUAACAACGCGUGGCAGCUGCACAGGAUCUGCAGCCACGAUGCCCAGGUGGACCUUCUGGCCUUCCGGAGAUAUGUAGCCUGUGUGUACCUGGAGAGCAAUGCUGACACGUCAUCCCAAGGGAGGCGAAGCAGGAGGCUGGAAACCGAGAGUCGCUUUGACAUGAUUGGGCACUGGAUCGUCCACCAAGACAAGAGGACCCGGUGUGCCCUCUGCCACUCACAGACCAACACCCGCUGUGAGAAGUGCCAGAAGGGCGUCCAUGCUAAGUGCUUCAGGGAGUACCACAUCCGGUGAUUCCCACUGGGCAGAGGGAGCCCUGUGAAUGUUUGGUUUAUAAUGAGAUAUUUACAGCUAAUUACAUAUAGUAGUUGGAGCACUUGAAUUUUGUUGUGUUGGAAAAAAGAGACCUGAAUCCCUGAUGAUUUGAUCUUGUAUUUUCUCCCCAACUCCGUUACAAUUAUCUUUUUAUUGUCUUCUGUUACAACAAAUUAAUAUAAUAUUUAUAUUAGUAAUUGUAAAUGUUUGUAAAUCUGUAUUUUAUUCUGUUAUUUGUUUCAACUUAUAGCCCCUUUUUACUCAAAUAAAAAUCUUGCUUUGAGGUAUAGCUGAGUCCUAGUAAGGACAGUCAAGUGUAACCGGAAACUUUGGUGAACAGUAAAGAGAUUUUACAGUUGUAUGUUAUCAAUUGUAAUCUAAGACAUAGGCAUUAGUAUGUAAAUGUUGUAUCAGUAUGAUGAAAGUAUCUUAAUCAUUUACUUCAGUUUAAUCCAAUGUUAGCAAAUUGUCCAGGAACAGAUAAUCUGCCUUGUGUUUAUCCAGACAACUGGAUUUGUAGAGUUUGUAUUUUCUUGAUAAAAAUAUUUUCCUAAUACCCGUGUAUCCAUGUGGAAUCCAUUUUUAUAAAGAGUGUGGUGUAAGGAUCUGGUUUUUCCUCCAAAUGGAUAGGUCAGCAUUUUGUAUUAAAAGUUAUAUGUAUUUUCCCACUGAUUUAGAUUCUGCCUCUAUAAAUUCCUGAACUUUGGGGGAAAGUAUUGAAACAAAGAAAAAAUUUUAUUUUGGAAAGGCUAGUGGAAUAUAAUCAGAAUAAAAGAAAAACAUGUAAAAAUUUGGACCUAUCAGAAAUCUAAGACAAUAUGUUGAAUAUCUUCUCUUUAUUUGGGAAAGAACUUUCUAGUACAGCACUAUUAAAGAGGACCACAACAAUAUAUUUAACUAUAUAAAGUGUAAAAUUGAUAGUCAUUAUUAAAGUUAAAAUGCAAAGAAUUUGAGAAACUAUAUUCCACAUUAUUACAUUUGUAAUAGUAUCCUCAGUGAAUAAAGAUCUCAUAAACACAUGGAUGGUAAGGGUAAAAUGUACAAUGUUAUAUGAAAAGACGAAAGAUGGAAGAUAAAAAACAAAUGAACAGUGAACAUGUCUAAGAGGCUCCUCUCUGGUGGUAGUAAGAUGCCAAGAGAAGCAAUUACUAGAUCCCCUUUUUUAAUCAAACUAAUUUGUUAUUUGUACUUAUUACUGUUGGUGUGGGUGUAGAAAGGUGGCAGAAUCAUGCGUUACCUGAAGCAGUGUAAAUCUGUGCAACCUUUCUGACAAUUUAAGGUCCAUCCAAAAUCUUAAAAAAUGUUCAUAUCCAUAGAGUAAAGCAAAUGUUUAGUCCAUAGUGAUAUAAAUAUAUAAAAGGGGAGAAGGGGUAGAUCCUCCCUUCAGUAGAAUCCCAAUUAAUAAAUGUAGAAGGAAGGAUGGAAAUAAAAUACUUUUGGAAAACACCACAGUAGUAAUUUUGCAGCAAGCAGUAUCAGUGGCUGCUAAACUUAGUGGGGCAAAGCAUUUCCUCAAGAUACCCCUCAGUUACAAAAGGAAUAAACAGUAACUCCUCUGGAUAAAUCAGGCAGACACCACCUCAACCAAGCAAUCAAAGUGAAUAUCACCAAUGACGAGACCUGUAGACGACAGAUGUUCAUCCCAACCCCAAGUAUGGUGCACUGUGGUGUUCCUGCCCAGAAGAUGCAAUCUGAAUUCCAAAUCAUGGGAAAACAUGAGAGACCCAAAUUGAGGGACAUUCCACAAAAACAGUUGGCUAAUACCCUUUGAAAGUGUUAAGGCUGUAGAAGGCAAUAAGAAUGAGGAACUAUCCAAGAUUAGAUGAGACCAAGGAGUAUGACAAAAUGCAAUGUGUGAUCCUGGCCCAGGUUCCACAAAAAAGAUUUCAAAAAAGGACAUUAAUGGUGCAACUGAUGAAACUUGAAUAAGGUCUGUAGGUUUAUUAAUUUUAUCUUAUAAAUAUUAAUUUUCUGCGUUCGACAACUGUUCUGUGGUUAUGCAAGAUGUCAGCAUUUGGGGAAGAUGGAUAAAAGGAACAGUGCAUACUGUUACAACCUUUUUGUAGGUCCAAAAUAUUUUCCAAAUGUACAUUAAAAAAGUGUUCAUACUUUUGGUACAUCAUUUCCAUCUUUAGAAAUCUAGCCUGGUCACUUUAAAAUGUUUGUUCUAAGAAGAAAUUGUUGAGCAAAUUUCUUUCUGCUUUUCAGUUUUCAUCCCCUGCAUCAUGAUGAUCCAUAAAUAUUAGAUACUUACCAGCUAUUUUUUACCUUACUGAUAGUCCAAAGGAAUUAAUUGAAAUGAUUGUGAAAACAGUCUGUAAAGCUUCCAGAAACUACAGAAUGGCCAAUUGUGACUCCUGCCUUAAGAGAUAAAGAAAAUACUGCCACUGGGAAAGAUAUAUAGUUACAGGUUGUAAAAACAGAUGUGGGACUGUGCAGUUUUCCCCAGGCCACUAACUCAAGCCAAAACUAACAUUCGGUAGAAGACUGUGUAGACAGUAUCGAGGAUCAUACCUGGCUGUCAAGGCCAGAUGACAUUCCAUGCUGGCAUAUUCUCAGAGGAAGAUUUUAAGGUACCAAAUGAAACUAUGGGCGGUCACUAACUCUACAAGCGGGGAAACACUUGUACAGAUUAUCUGCCUUGUCUACUAAGUACCACGGAACCCUUCAUGAAUCUUUUAACUGGAAACAAUAUGAAAGUUGUCGUGCUUAUUCUAGAUGGUGUUUUAAGUAUUUUUCUUUUGCUAAGAAACUAGACACAAUAAAAAAACUUAGUAUA